AUGGGGGGAGGAGGGGGGGUGUGCUUGUUUUUGCUUGUGUCCGCCACCAACCGCCCCCCCCCUCUCGCCCGCCGUGGCCCUGACCCCCCGCGGAGUCCGGUCUUUGGUGGGAUUGAUGACAGCUCGUGCUGGAAUUGGCACAUCAAGGACUCUCUGAUGGAUGUGUCUACUCGGUGGUGUGACAAGGCUUCAGACGGGCCGCUGACACGCAUCGGGACGCGGGAAAAGGGGCGGGGGGAGGAGGAGGAUGAGGCCUGCUCCACACUCGGCUGA